AUGCCAGCCGUUGUUGACGACGAAUGGGAUCUCCCCCGGCUCAAAGCCUCCAUCGGCUUCGAGGAGGAAAACCGCCACGAGGACCUUGAUGAACCAGACACAGAGUUCCUUGAUGUCAAGUUCUAUCCGUAUCUAGACCCCAAAGACGAUCCCAUCUUCGCGGCCGUGAGCAAGAAGCAUAUUAUCAUUUAUCGCUUGUCACACACAGCAACCUCGCCUGUGCAGCUGAUACAGGUCCUGCGAGACGACGAUGAAAAUGCCAACAACUGUAGCUGCACCUGGAGCAGAGAUUCCGAAACGGAAAUCCCCUGGCUCUGUGUGGCCGGUUCAGAUGCAAAAAUCAAGGUUUACGAUGUGAUCCAUGGAUCCUUGGUCAAGUGCAUUGUUGGUCAUGGAGCCGAAAUCAAUGAUCUUGCCACCUGCCCUACAAACCCCUAUGUAAUUGCUUCUGCGUCGCAAGAUACCACUGUAAGAAUUUGGAGCCUCGAUCCUGUCGACCAGAAGCAGCCAUGCCUGGCCAUCCUCGGCGGAGAGGGCCACAGCUCCGGCCUCCUGACAACUGCUUUUCACGAAUGUGGCCGCUACGUUCUUUCUGCAGGGCACGACAACUGUGUAUGCUUGUGGACCUUGCCAGACUUUUCACAGAGAUCUCGGGACAAGAACCCUCCUCCCCCAGUGGUAGUUCAUUAUCCUCACUUUUACACUUCAGAGGUCCAUAGUGGGAUCGUUGAUUGUGUUGCAUUCUACGGAGACUUGAUCCUAUCAAGAGCCUGUCAUGAAGAUAUUAUUGUGCUAUGGAGAAUUGAAGGCUUUUCUUCCAAGAACGAACCCCCGUCGGCCAGCGAAGCCCCAAGUACUAGCGACCCUGAACGUCUGACUCGAUCGGCAUUUGUUCCCACAACAGCUGCGGCGAUUCCUCCGUAUAUUCGAAUGAUACAAUUCCAUACACCGGGAAGCGGCAACCAAUUCUACAUGCGCUUCAAGCUCUUCCUUGACAAGGACAAACAUCCUAUCCUGGCAUUCGGAAACGCUCAUUCGACAGUCUUCUUCUGGGAUCUGGCUAGAAUAACGGCCUUCCACGAAUUCAUGACAGAGCUCAAGAAGCCGAAUCGAGCGACAGCGCUUCACCGGCCAAGUUGGCUGCAACCCGUUGUUCAGAGGCAAAAGGCGGACACCAUCAGUAAGCUGCGAAAUGAUGCCGAAGAUAAAGAUUCCGUCAUUUCGGGGCGUACGGGUAGUGAUCUUGAACCAGCCGCUACAAGUAAUCAUUACAGCCAAGAGACGCUUGAUUCAUGGUCUAAUAGAUACGACAUCACCCGCACAGACGAGGCGCUCAAGGCCCAUAGUCAGAGAACUAUCAGCAUUAAGGAUUUUAUUGGAAGACAGGUUGCUUGGAGCCCAUCAGGAGACUGGUGCAUUGUGGUUGGCAGCCGGAAUUUGGGAGUCGUUCUAUCUCGUUGGCAAAAGAAAGAAAAAGCAUAA